AGGGAUAGAGAGGGGGUAAAGCUUUGGAAGCCCGGCGUCACGGACCAAGCCGAAGAAUACACGUGGAAGGAACCCUUCACCAUCCUUCCUCUGGCAGCCCACAGUAGAAGGAAAAGUCUCACUUUGGGAGAGGCAGUCUAGGGGUAUGGAGUGCGGAUGAACUCUAAAGGCUGCCGGAGGAGGCCAAAGAGGGGCGUCCAUACUCCGCGGCAGAGGCCGAGGGAGAAGCGACUUCAAAGCCCUUUCGCUUUCGCUUCAUUGGGGAAACUUGGCAGGGGUGGAUUUGGAGGAAGAGUAGAGAAAAAGAAGGUAGAUUCCAGGAAGGAGCCCCGUGGUCACUUGGACCAUGGGAUCUGUAUGAGUGAAAAAGUAAAGGAGUAAAAUUUUUCUUUAAGAACGAUCAAUUCAUCGCAUAGACUGCUUCCAGUAGUAUUCAUGGGGGAGAGGGAUAGCUAUAGGAGGAAGUGGGGGAGUACCCCUGGUCUGGUGAUGCCCCAGGUAAUCUUCAUCCUUGGUUCAGGCGUGACCAUGCUAAUCACGUCACACAAAGCUAUUCUGGGGACCUAGUCCAUAAACUGAUUGCCUAAGGAAGAUAGGGAGGAGGAAGUGGAGUGGCAGCAAGCAGACAAUUGACCUGCCCUCACUGCCACUACUCAAGGAUUGGGGUAGGCACAGCUCUGUAGCACACCAAUGACUGAGGAAUGUAGGGCUGCCUCAUCACUCCUCGUGAUCGAUUUAAUUCAGCAGACAUUUAAUCAGCACCCGCACAGACCCCAAAGCACUGGGUGAAGAGAUAAAGAAAGUCAAACAAGGUCACUGACUUUAUGGAGCUUUCAAUGUUAAUGGGCAUAACACUGUGCAACAUCUACACAGAAACUACAGUUCCGAAGAAGGAAUGAGGUGAUACAGUGAAAAAAAUUUUGGAGGAAAUGGCGUUCUUUUAGUUGGAUCAAGAAAACUGGACAGGAUUUAAAUGGAGAGAGAGAGAAGGCAUUAGAGAUAUAGGGAAAGACAUGAACAAAGGCAUUGAGACAACUAUAAUGGCAGUGGAGUUUGAUGGUGGUGUCGUGGUGGGUUCUGAUUCCCGAGUUUCUGCAGGAGAAGCUGUAGUGAACAGAGUGUUUAACAAGCUGGCCCCUCUGCACCAACGAAUCUAUUGUGCACUGUCUGGUUCAGCUGCUGAUGCCCAGGCCAUAGCUGACAUGGCCACCUACCAGCUAGAGCUUCAUGGGAUGGAGUUAGAAGAACCCCCUCUUGUUCUGUCUGCUGCAAACACAGUGAGGAAUAUCACUUAUAAAUACCGAGAAGAGCUUUCAGCCCAUCUGAUGGUGGCUGGCUGGGAUCCAUACGAAGGAGGACAGGUGUAUGGGACCUUAGAAGGGAUGCUGAUUCGACAGCCUUUUGCAAUAGGAGGCUCUGGGAGUAGCUACAUUUAUGGCUAUGUGGAUGCCACCUAUAAACCAGGCAUGUCCCCUAAGGAGUGCCAACAGUUCACUACUAAUGCUAUUGCUCUGGCCAUGGGCAGGGAUGGCUCCAGUGGAGGGGUCAUCUAUUUGGUCACCAUCACAGCUGCCGGCACCAAACAGGAAAUCAUCCUGGGGAAAGAGCUACCCCAGUUCUAUGAUGAAUGAGGCAUCAUCACAUAUUACUCCAUCUCUUUGAUUUCUAAUAAACUUCUUGUAUUCAGA